UGUUUUAUCAAUAAUUAUGAUAAGCUACUUAAUGUAAACUUAAUAUAUAGGGAUUUAAUAUAGAGGGAAUACUGAUGUAUUUCGUAUUUUAAACGAUGAACUCGUUUCCCCCCCCCCCCCCCAUUUAUUGCUGGUAGUUUUGUUUAAGUGUUGAUUAUUCCAUUAUUUAAAAAAUAUAUUCACGGCCUAAUUGCGCGAUGUUAAGUUGAAUAUAAAGUAAUUAUAUUUUAUACAAGCAUGCGUGUGUACGACGAAAGUUUUUAAUACAGAGUCUUUUUUUCGAUAUUCGAUUGCUUUGAGGGGCUUAUGCUUUCAACUUUUUCCUAACUCGGCGCGAUUGUGAAUUUCCGUGCAGUAAAAAAAAGGAAAAAUGCGUGUAUGCAUCGAACAAGUAAAAAAAGAAAAGAGAGGGAAAGAGAGAGAGAGAGAGAGAGGGUGGGAAUGGAACAAGAGAGGCGUGCAUCGCGUGCGAAACGUAAUUUCUCCCUUUUUCGUGUGUAUUGCACAGCGCGUAAGAGAAACGAUCGAUAAAAAUCGAUAGGAAGAGAAACUCUAACGAAAAAAAGAAAGAAAAAAAAACACCAUCUAGAACAGUUGACAUGUAGCACACGAAGCUUUGCAAUUAUUGCCUUCCCUUUCACGAAGCGAUCGUCUCUCCCCUACAUAUGUAUUAUUUGCGUCGCGAGACUUUGUUCAACUUCAUCGACCAAAAUUGAUAAAGUACAGUGUUGGUUCUUUAAUACUUAAUUACUCUUCUCUCCCUUCUUCUUCUUUCAAUUAUAAUUAUUAUCAUAGUAUGUCUUGUAAAUGGAAAGGAAGAUGGGAUGAGCUGUUCCAUCUAUGAAUUUAAAUACGACCGGAACACGAAAUCUAGCGAUAUAUUCCAUUUACUGAACAAUCAAAAAAUUCCUCCUCAUGUCGCUCAAUUAUAACGCGUAAGAAAUAAAAAAAGAAGACAAUGCGAUCACACGAUCAUCACUCGGAUGUCACGUUAAAGCCGCGAAGGAAAAAACCGUCGAAAGAAAAAUCUGAUCAAUCGUCCACGGAAUCAUCUUGCUGGCCUAACGUCAUGAUAUCUCACGACAAAAAAUCACACGAUGAAUCUAAUGAUCCCGAAAGCAAUUUAUCCCGACUCGAUUCCCCUGUUAACGACUCCAACGUUGUCGUCUACGACAUCGUCGAGCUUCUCUGCGACGGGAAUAAAGAAGAAAGGCCGACUUGUCCACGGAUCUUCAGCUCGAAGGAAUUCGAGAAGCAAGGCGUGUGUUCCACAUGCAAAAAUUGCGCAGAAUGCCAGCUACAGCAGCAGCAGCAAGAUUGCGCUGUCGCAAAAAUACGUAAGACAAAAGAAGAAGAGGAGGAGGAUCAGGACGAAGACCUGACGGAACAUUUGGAUUAUUACGAAGCCGAAGUUGUCGGCGGCGAGACAGAUUCCAUGGUUGCCUCGAUUGAACACGAGAAAUCACCGAUUCUCGUAGAUCUGACUAGCGAAGAAUCGAAGCAAACCACUUGGAAGCAGACGAUCCUGAAGCGAUUCGGCGGCACCGAAAAGAACUCAGAGAUGGCGGAAUCUCGCAUCAUGAUAGCCGACAGUUCCAGCAGACUGCAACGUGGUACGGGCGGCAGUUUGGCGACCGCCUUAAGGGAUCGUGGCCCUUGCGUGAUUCCCGUGCAACCUAAUCGCUCCCUACCGAUCCGACCGGCACCCCCAACGCCGACAAGAUCGGCAUCGCUCGUGACAUCGCGUUCACCGAUACUUAAAUUGUCAAAAUCGCAAACGUCGAAUCUCGAAGAUAUGGUCGAAGUGCAAUCGGAUAUAUCGUCUUCGAUGUUGACGGAGGAUUCGAACGAAUUCCCUCCUUUUGGGCAACAGAAUGAAAACGGCAUAUUCACGAUUGAUCGCUCGGAUCGCUACAGUCUACCACAUAUUUCAACUAACGCCGUACAGACAAAAGAGAUGAACAAUGUUAAGAAAAAAUCCGGUGAAGAUAGAGACAGAGAAUACGAGAAGGAACUUGCUAAAAACGUGAAGAAACGGAGGAAAUCUCACGAAGUGGAUGCCAAUUAUGUACGCGAUGAACGUGUCAAGAAUAUUUUAAAAGAAUACUCUAAAAAUUAUUCGAAUAAUUUGAUUGACAAAGAAGAAAGGAGAUCGCAGCAGCACGUGGUGAUAAAAGUGUGGGAUGAUAAAAGAUAUUCGUCAUCGGUGGUAGUAUCAACGACGGAGCCUGAAGGGGAAAAAACGAAGGAAAUUUCAAAUAAAGUCGUGCCUCCUUUAAGACUGAAAAAAAUCGUGCGCGAAGCGAACACUACCAACGAAUAUCACAAUGUUGAGAUGAAUACCGGAAAGUCGGAGAACGAAUCCAACUAUCGCAUUGUCACCGGCGCCACGCCACGUCCGGAAUCGCCCUUCGAGUAUUCCACCACUUCUUUCUGGAGCAGCGUAAUCUCGGAGAACGAGCUUAGCGAAUCGUCAACGCAAGAUAAGAAUCGGCGAUCCUCGUCGAAGAGUGACGGCUACAAAAUCAAAUAUCGUCGCAACCGGCUGCGUCAAAAGCUGCGGGAAUUACGCGGCAAAGCAUUGGAACUCUCACGGGAGAUGGUCGAGUGCGACAAUGUUGGCGAAAUGAGCCCACAGCAUAGCACUCGGCUGCGUCAAAUGAUGAAUUGCUAUGAGAAACAGAUCGAGAAUAUCUCGAAGCUAUUGUGCAAACUGUCUGCUUCUAUACCAUCAACGACCGAUGAUAACAUCGUCGUUGAUCUUGACUAUGAAUUGGAUGAGCAUUCGAUUUCAGUUAAUAGAAUCAUUGAUGGUGACAUCGUGCAGGUAAACGGAGUAUCCAGAAGCAGUAUUUCCCCAUCUCCUUCUCCGGAACCGCCGAAGCUAUCACCUCCUAUCAAUUAUGAAAGAGGUAAAUCGCCUGAUGCAAUGAGAGAUAGUCCACCGGUGUUACCUAGAGUUUAUAUCGCGAUCCAACCAACUUCGUUGGAGUGUAUGAAACAAAAUCUUGGAUCUACCACUAAGAGCUGGCACGCAGACGACAGUUCGUCGAACUCGACAAUCGAGAAGGAUGUGAAGAUGGAUGAUACGAAUCAAACGAUAAUUCGCGAUCGUGUAACAAGAGCACCAACAAUUGUAUCUUCAGUUUCAUCGUCCGAAAUCGAAGGCGUGGAAAGUAGUACAGCAGAAUGGGAUAGAGAAGAGGCCUCGCUGAAAUUGAAGAAUCCGGAAAUUAAGAAGAAAAUCACAGAAGAUACGAAAACAUUCGAUGACGUUCAUCAAGCAACAUCAUCAAUAUCUUCGGAUAACUUUUCGAUAGGUUCAACGAUGGAUCUCGAGAUAGAUGGAAGCGAUGUAAGAGAUACAAAGGAGGGAUCGAGUACUCAAAUUGGACAUCUUAACGAAGUAAUGCAGAUCUUGGAAACUGGCGCGAGCAAACAAAUUGUUUACGAGAAACAGGAACCGGAUCAGAGAUCGAACGAAGCUUUAUCUUCAUCCAAUCCGAUUGUCGAAGAAACUAAAAAGACUACGGAAUACGGAAGUUAUCAAUCGGAAGAAAGGAUCAACCGUGAGGAUAAAGCGGUCAUAAGCGCGGUCACUGCUGUGCAGGAUGCUGUGUCAACGAUAGCAACCGGACGAUCGCAAGUACCUACCGCCAAUGUAACUAAUAUCUUGCAACUACAGUCAAAUUAUUAUGGUUCGUCCGUCGCGCGAGAUAACGUCGUUUUUACAGGCGUCAUACAGAAUUCAAAAGAUGCGCAGAAGAUGAUGACAUCAAACAUGAAUCAACCUAAAGCAUUAGAUUCAGCAAUGUCCUUGGGAUUUACUCAAUCUGGAUCUACAGUUAGCAGUUCGAAUCAACAAUGUAUCGUUUUGCCUAAUAGUUGCAACAGCAAAAUUAUUCAAGAACCUAUAAGUCAGCGAAACGACGGAAAUCGCAUCAUGACGGAACAAUUUCCUACAUUAGGCAAUUGGGUAGCGCGAAUGUCAAAAAAGCAGGUUACCAAAUCCAAGUCCAAAUUACAAUCUGGAGUUACCUUACCAACAGCAUCGACGGCAGAAGCUGCUCGUGUUCCCGGAUUGGAAACGCAAAAGACCCGUGGAAGCACACCGAGUAAUUCGACACGAAACAAUAUAGUUAACGUAGCACCGCAAUGGAAUACGGAAAGAUGGCAGCGUCAACAGCAUCAACAACGUCAGCAACAAUUGUACACGGCAGCAUCAUCCGCAGCACCUGCAGUGAGACCAGCUAUCUGUCCUCCCCUCUCGGUUACUCAAUUCUAUCCACCUAAUUACGCGAUUGAUCCUUAUGGCGGUGCGGCUUUCGGUUACCACUCAGCAAUAUGUCCCUAUGGCGAUUAUUCUUAUCAUUCACGCCUUCAUCCCGCUCCAUCCUCAAUAAGCGGUUAUCCAAUAAGUCCGUUACAGGAUCCGCAGCAUCCCGCUUCUGCGCUUCGUCAGAUGCAGCAUCUCGAUAAGCGUUUCCCUGGACACAUACAGGACGCGGCAACUCGCCACUACUCCGCUACAGAUCUCCUCAAGUAUCCUGGUUCAUUAUCCGCGGGUGGUUAUCAGCACGCUGCUGCUGCCGCCGCCGCCGCCGCUGCCGCCGGCUUGGACUACGAUCAUAGAUUGAGAACAGCCGCCACCCAGAAUGGGACUGCAUCGGCCUGUCUGCCAUCGCUUCUGCUACCGCCACCUCCGCCGUUAGCAGCCACCGCGCAACAUGGUACCUUGGCAGCGCGUACCGCUCUAAGCGGCUAUCCUACCGCGAGUAAUGGUCAAUGCAGCAGGAACAGAAUGAUCCCGGAUGUAGUUGCUGCGGCGGCGGCAGCCGCGGUGGUCGCAGCAGCUUCCUUCGGCCGACAACGCGGUGGUACGGUUCUACCAUCAUACAGUAGAACCGAUGCAGAAAUGGUAAUGUCUGGUGGUAUUGGUGGCGUUAUGGAUAACGAAUCCUCACAGUUGAUGGCAACAAAUAGACCAGCGGUUGCGAGUCGCGAGCGCUUGUCACAAGAACCGGUGCAAUCCGUCGCUGGCGUCAACGUAGAUUCAACGCGAUUGAAUAACAAUGGUUACUGCCAACUACAGAAUCUCAUUUUAGACCGAAUACCUUAUGUGAAAACGGAUGAUGUCUCUUAUUCUCAACCGCCCUCCACCAUUUUCGGCGACAAUAUGCAGGAAUCAACGUCUUCGGUACCUGCCACAUCGACUCCCUACAAAUCUACUCCGAUCUUGACAUCCAACAGCACGUUGAGUGUCAAGGAAUCCACGAGAAAAGAGAAUCGUAACUGCGAAACGCCACAUCUAGGAAAAGUGAACCGCACUCUGGAGACUACAAACAGUUUGGAGUGCUCAAAUUGUGGUCUAAUUGGUUCCAUGUUCAAGUGCCUGGGCUGCGAAGCAGCCUUCUAUUGCGACGAGAGGUGCCAAACUCGUCAUUGGAAUAUUCAUGUGGAGAAGUGCCCCAAAAGAAUGCCUAAGCUGAAAAAACUUGUUUGAGAGUAUCAUAAAAAUAUAACGAAAAUCGAUGAUUUGUAAAUAAAUGCUCAUGCCAAAUGAAUAAUAUUCGUAAUCAACUAAUAACUAACUAAAAAAUGUGUGAAUGGAUGUAUUACUGUUUCGAUAUAUGUAUAUUUUCACUGAUAACUUAUAUAUGUUAUUUAUAUAUAUUAUAUAUCUCUCUAGUCAGAGUAAAAUAACGAAUGCAAGAGUAUUCUAUCUUGCAAUCGCAAGAUCACAAAUCAGAUUUUACAUUACAAAUGUGAUAAAAUGUGCCUGAUUGUAAUACAAACGCUUAUUGUAACAUUAUGGUGCUUUAUACACAAUUUAUGUAAUAUUCUUGUUUUGUAAAUUAUGAACAUAUGAAGAGAGAGAGUUCAGCACACUAAAAUUAUA